AUGUCUUGGCAAGGAUACGUAGACACCAAUUUGGUCGGCACCGGCAAGAUCAGUCAAGCUGCCAUCAUUGGUUUGAAGGGAGGUGUUUGGGCUACUAGUUCUGAUUUCAAUGUCGCUCCCGAAGAACAAAAAGCAAUAAUCGCCGGCUUCGACGAUCCUUCAGGCCUCCAAGCAGGCGGUGUCCGUGCAAACGGCAAAAAGUUUUUCACCCUAGGAGUCACACCAAAGACUAUCUAUGGUAAACAAGGUGGUGAUGGAUUGGUAGCAGUCAAGACGAACCAAGCUGUCCUGGUUUGCGUUUACCUUGCUCCUAUUGUGCCUGGCGAGGCUAACAAGGUUGCUGAAGGUCUGGGUGAUUAUUUGAUCUCUGUUGGCUACUGA